CGUGCACCUGCGCUAACUGUCAGGACGAUUUGUUGCGAGGGUCUCGGAUACGCCGAGAUCCGGAACGCGGGGCUGGCGUGUGGCUUUCUGUCGAACGUGUGAGGAAAUGUGCACGGAAAGCUGACGGCCACACUCUUACUCUACGGGGUUUGCGCUCCCCCUCGCUGACUGCGACCCCCCAGCGGACACGCGUGUAACCAGAGGUUUACAGCGCCGAGAAGCUGCAGGUGUCCCAUGAAGCGUGAUGGAGGAGAACAAGCAGAGCAGUCCAAAAAAGGAGAGCCCCUGUAGAGCGCCCCCCGCGGGGACACCUGCUCCACGCGCGGCUUCAGCAGGGACGCCGGAAGAAGACGAACGCUCUCCGGAUCCCGUUCGCAGACGCGCCGAAUCUCCACAGCGCCUCUCGCCGGCCAGUGCGCAGCUGCUGGAAGAACUGAGGAGCAGAGCACAGCGCACCCGCAGGGAGGGGUCCCCAGAGCAUCCCGCAGCGCCCACAAGCCCCGCCUUCGCACCACCCGCAGCGAGCACCUCCCCAGGGUCCCGCGGGGAAGGGGCGACGCCUCUGACGGGGGGAGGCCUCUCUCUCUGCGGUCCGGAGCUGCUCCGCGAGCUCAAGCAGUCGCGCUCCCUGCGCCACAUCACACCUCACUCGGGCCUCACCACGGUCUUCUCGGGGAGGGGCGGAGCGACCAGAGCCUCGGUCCACGGUUCAGCUCCCAUCAGCCGCUCCCAAGUCCAGGUUCUGCCGAAGGCCUCGACCAAUCAGAGCGCAGGAGGCGGAGACAGAGCGCUUUUAGCCAACGGGGAGCAGAAAUAGACGCUCGCAGUCGGUCUUUCGGUCCGUCUCUGCAGCUCGACUUGUGUUUGACCAUAGCGAUGUUGCAGUAAGGGUUAUUUGCACAACUCUGUAUUGUAAUGACUUCAUUUUUUUAUUUUGUUUUCUUUUAUUUCAACUUCAAGUGUUUUACAGUGGAAAAAAUGUUCCAGAGCUGGAUCCCGGACCCAAGUUGUGGUUCUUCCUGACACCCUGAACACACUCUUCUCACCAAUAAACACGUUCGGUUGAACCAUGUCCAAA